GCUUUUUCGGCGUACCAAGAUGGCGACGUCUCUGGGAUCCAACACGUACAAUCGGCAGAACUGGGAGGAUGCGGAUUUUCCCAUUUUGUGCCAGACAUGUCUUGGAGAAAACCCCUACAUUCGAAUGACCAAAGAGAAAUAUGGAAAAGAAUGCAAGAUCUGUGCCAGGCCAUUCACAGUAUUUCGUUGGUGCCCCGGUGUACGGAUGCGCUUUAAGAAGACAGAAGUGUGCCAGACAUGCAGCAAGCUGAAGAAUGUUUGUCAGACCUGCCUUCUUGACCUGGAAUAUGGUUUACCUAUUCAAGUUCGAGAUGCUGGACUCUCACUUAAAGAUGAUAUGCCGAAAUCGGAUGUUAAUAAAGAGUAUUACACCCAAAAUAUGGAAAGAGAGAUCAUGAACUCUGAUGGCACCCGUGCUGUUGGUGCUCUUGGGAAGGCCACAUCUACCAGUGACAUGUUGCUCAAACUAGCUCGGACCACCCCUUACUACAAACGCAACCGCCCGCAUAUCUGUUCGUUCUGGGUGAAAGGAGAAUGCAAAAGAGGAGAAGAGUGUCCCUACAGACAUGAGAAACCGACAGAUCCAGAUGAUCCUCUUGCUGAUCAGAACAUUAAAGAUCGUUACUAUGGUAUUAAUGAUCCUGUGGCUGACAAGCUUCUCAAACGAGCUUCCACAAUGCCUCGUCUGGACCCGCCUGAUGACAAGACUAUUACAACGUUGUACGUAGGUGGCCUGGGUGACACUAUCACUGAGACCGACCUUAGGAAUCACUUCUAUCAAUUUGGCGAGAUCCGGACGAUAACUGUGGUGCAGAGGCAGCAGUGUGCAUUCAUCCAGUUUGCAACACGACAAGCUGCAGAAGUGGCGGCGGAGAAAUCCUUCAACAAGCUUAUUGUCAACGGCCGCAGACUGAAUGUGAAGUGGGGCCGGUCUCAAGCAGCCAGGGGGAAAGAGAAGGAAAGAGAAGGGAUCACAGAAUCUGGUAUAAAGCUGGAGCCAGUCCCUGGACUACCUGGAGCUCUUCCACCUCCUCCUGCGGCAGAAGAGGAGGCAGCUUCUGCGAACUACUUCAACCUACCUCCCAGCGGCCCCCCAGCUGUGGUAAACAUUGCCUUGCCACCACCGCCUGGCAUUGCUCCACCACCACCUCCAGGAUUUGGGCCACACAUGUUUCAUGCGAUGGGUCCUCCGCCUCCUUUCAUGAGAGCCCCAGGUCCCAUCCACUACCCUUCUCAAGAUCCACAGAGGAUGGGUGCCCACGCGGGGAAACACAACAGCCCCUAACACCAUCGGAUCAUUCUUACUGUUUAAUUUCCCCUUUUUUAAAAUGGAAAGUUACAUUGGUAGCGUACCACACUCAGUUGUAAUGAGCGGGAAACUAAAUCUCUCUCUUCCUGUACACACAGCACAGGCUUAGUCCUGCUGUGUUAAACCACUCAAAAAAUCUGAUCAUUUGUAUAACCAAAAUACUUCUUACUGGGUAAAGAAAGGUUGGUUUCUGCUUGUAGUGAAACAGAGAAGUGUGCUAGAACUGCAAGCCCCAUCAAUGUAUUCAAUUUUGCACACCUUGAAAUUAGUCGCUUGACAAAGAAUAACUAUUUUUAAGACCGUUUGGUAAGCCCCAGCCAAACUGAAAAUUGCCCGGCUUUGUUCAGAAGGGGUCCUUGAUCAAAACUCCUUCAAUGCUAAUCUAUUUGAAUGUCAAAGAACCGUAUUGCCCUUGCAACUAGAUUCACGUUCCUCCUUGCGCUGAAUUGGAAUGGAAAAACACCGGGAGAUCGCAGCGGACGAGUAUGAAAGAUGUGCGGAUGGUGUUCCGUUCUGUAUUUAGGCUGUUUCUCGCCAUUCACAAUCCUGUCUGUGAUACACGCUACCAAAAUGUUGAGGCAGCAUCACUGCAUGCUUGUUAAUCCUCUGUUAAAGAGGCUGGUGACUCUGAGUUGUGGCGUACGUGGCCUUCAUAUCCAUUUGCUACUAAAACUAAUCCGGUUUAUUUCCUAACCUAACAUUUGAUUACCAAUGGCUGUUCUAGGUAUGUGUUCUCAGUAUUUACUCUGUACCAUCUGUUUUCUGCAUCAAGUCUGUAAUGUGUCCUAGUAAAGAGAAUCAUAUUUUUUACCUA